AUGAAUGGACCAUUAAGUCCGCAUGAUCCUCCUAAUUACGAUGCCCCAUAUUCUACCAGUAGUAAUGGUACGUCCAGAACCAACGUUUCAGAAGUCGAUGGAUAUACCUCUACAGUGGGCUCUAGAUCUCUAACUCAUAUGUUAAGUGCAAUAGAUAGUGGUGAUGAUGUUGUGGCCGACCAACGAACCCAAUCAUGGGAAGAAACACUAUUAAAUAACGUCCACAAGUUGGAAAACUUAACAUUCACCAGUAACGAAAUGUCCAAUGCUGUUCACCAAUCUGUCUACUUUACAAAGGAAAUAGGUGAAAUUGGUGUAGAACCCACAAUCUUUGAUCCUUCCAAAUGUGAAUAUGCUCCUGGUGAAUAUCUUAAUGGGUUUGUACUUCUAGAAAAUACCCUGGAUGUUCCUAUCCCCUUUGACAUGUACUAUGUUUUAUUUGAAGGCAACUACAUCUUUGGAAAUCCAAAGGAGAACCCUUCUAAUCCUAUAAGAUACGAGAGAUUUUUAGAGAUGUAUGAUUUGAGUGCUAGUUACAACAUGGUCCAUGUCACGAGGUUAGCAUCCGAAGUUCCGGAUCAUUUAAUAUGUGAUGGGUUAUAUGAUGAAAGAGAUAACACAUAUUUGACUCUAUCUAAUCGUUUGGAUAGAAGCAUGUUUGGUAAUAUACGGAUGUUACUACCGGGUCGUAAAUAUAAGAGGUUUUUCAACUUUAAGAUCCCUGAAAGACUCUUGGAUUCAGAAUGUCAAAGGCAUUCUCUUUCAACUCACAUUGAAUUGCCUCCCACUGUGGGAAAAUGCCAUAUUGAUAGCGCUAAGAAAGAAUUUGAAUUGAAAGAGUUUGCUCCAAAGAAUGUCUCUGUGUCGUAUUCGGUUAUGACUCGUUUCAUUGGUAAGAGAUCGUUAUAUGAAGCCAACUAUGCCUCCAAAUCCUCCAAUAGAUCCAAAUUAGUCAGUGAUAAGGGUGAUGAAUUUAUAAUUUUAAAGGAAACCAAUGAUGCUAUUCGUAUAGUACCGAAACAUAUCCCACAGAAGGAACUUUAUCUUCAAAUGAAAUCUAAAGAACAAGAUCUCAUGGUUCAAAACUUGAAGAAUAGACUAGAAGAACGUAUUAACGCAGGUAACCGAUUACUAGAGGCGAUUAAAGCUGAUGAUUUUAAUGAAUCAAUAGCUAUUACAAAGGAAACUGAAAGUGCUGAUUUACUAUUGGCAAAGCUACUGCAACAAUACCGAGAGUCUAGAUUAAAUGAUGAUGAUGAUCCCAAUAGUUUAAAAUUUUAUAAAGUUGAAAUUCCCAUAAUCGCCAAAAAACAAGCUAAAAAGGCACUGCUUUCUAACUUCAUGCAUAAAUCAACACUGGAAACUACCAUGGGGGUAUUUGGUUUGAAUACUCCCGCUUCAACUUAUCGAAUACCGUAUAUUCCUUCUAAGCCAUUUCGAACCCAAAUGGCACCAAUUGAAUUGGAGAAAUUAAAGAAAUUUUGGAAAGUUGUUGUCCCUAUUGAACUACAAUUUAAGAACAAUUCAAAGAGCAGCGAUUUCAAGGGUCCAAGAAUCAAAUUCAUCAAGGCAACGUUAGUGGUAACUACAUUGAAAUCUCAAAAGUACCCUAUAGCACUAGAAUUCAAACAUGAUCUAAUAUUCAACCAAAAGCAGUAUCCUCCAAAUUCGGAUGUACAUGCUGCAAAAUUUGGAUCAAAGGAUCCAGAUACGUUUGAAGCUAACCUUAAGAAUUCAUUCAGAGAAAUUUCUUUAAAGCUUUAUAAAUGUUUAAAGACUUUGCCAGAAGAAAACUUUCAAGUGUGCAGAUCAUUGACCGAUGAUAUCAAGCUGAUUUGUCAUAUAGAAGAUGAGACAGUAGAGCUUCCUAUCAAUCAAUUAUCGCUUGCCAAUGAGGCGGGUGUAGUAAAGUGUUUCAAUUCCGCACAAAGCUCGAUUGAAGCAUGUAAAGCAAUUGAACAAAUGGAAUGGAAGAAGAAGAAUGCUGACGAAAGUUCUUCUAGCUCAACUUACCAUAAACAGCUUGAAGUAUCUCUUAAUUUAGAUACUGCAAAUAUUUUAGGUACUAGAUUACAAGAAGGAUUUUCAACUACUGAAGAGUUCACAUUAAUACCAGGGUUCCAGAACUGUUAUAUGUCUAGAUUCUAUGCCAUCAAGUUGAUGUUAAUCACUGUUGACGAUCAAAUUAUAUCCGUUAAAGUGCCCCUCAGUAUUGAAAGGAGCUAA